AUGCCAUAUUAUGAUUCAGGUGAUUUGAUCAAUUAUAUAACUAAUGGUUUUUAUAAUAUUAAUUGGCAUGGGAAGUUGGUGAACUUGAAAAAAAUAAUAGUUGGACUCGCCAACAUACAUGAUGUAAAUAUUAUCCAUAGGGAUUUCCACAGUGGAAAUAUAUUUUUUGGUAAAAAAGAUAUUUAUUUUAUUGAUGAAGUAACAAUAGGUGAUUUGGGUAUAAGUAAAUCUGCAACUGAUUCUUCAUGUAAUGAAAAUUAUGGAAUUAUUCCAUAUAUGGCUCCGGAGAUUUUUCAAGGACGAGAGUAUACUAAAGCUUCAGAUAUAUAUAGUUUUGGAAUGAUUAUGUGGGAGUUAAUGACAGGUAGAAGACCUUUUUGGGAUCGAAAUCAUGAUACAGAACUUAUUAUUGAAAUUUUUGAUGGUUUACGACCACCUAUUGUAACAAAUGCACCUAACGGUUAUAUUGAAUUAAUGAAAGAAUGUUGGCAUUCCGAUCCAAAAAGAAGACCAUUGGCUACUGAUAUAUUUGACAGGGUUAAUGAAAUAAUUGAGGAGGAGUUGGAAAAUUACAAUAAUAAUGAUUCAACUGAAAUUAUUAAAUCAUCAGAUAUCGGACCUGUACCAAAAAAUAAUCCAAAUGCAAUUUAUAAGAGCAGAAAUUUAAGCGACAUGAUUCAAUCUGCAAUGUCUUUAAGGAUUUCAAGAAGUCAAUCUAUUAAUUUAGAACAAUUUAAUUAUUAUCAGAAAAAUAACAUGGGACCUACUGGUAAAAGAAAAUAUGAAAAUGAUUUAAUUGAUAAUGGCCAUUUCAUUAAGAGAAAAAAAUUGGUUGAAAAUGAAAAUAAUGAUUACCUUUCAAAAGAAUUCGAAUUUGACAUUGAUGUGAAAAUUAAUAAUAAUGAAUAUAUUACCAUAGAAAAUGAUUUUGAUAUUAAUCUUUGAAUUU